CUGACACUUCGCUGAACUUUUCAGCGAUUCCAUGGUUUUGCAGCUGAGAGGACACUCUCUCUACAGCCGUGGAAUCUCCUUCCUUGUCUCUUCUUCCUUGAGGAAUCUGAGUACGGCUUCUUCGCUGUAUUUGAACUCCGACGAAACCAUUACUGAGCCGUUGGUGAAAUCAGAGCUCGAAGCCCUGGUUCUCAAGCAAUACUCUCAUGGUAAAUUCUACGGUCUCGUUAAAAGCGCUGUUGCUUUGCCUUCUGUUCUUCUUGCCGCCUGUCAGAAUCUGUCUCUUGCUGCAAACUCUCACGGUUCCUCCGGCGACUUAGCCGAUCGCGUCUCGAGGAGGUUCUCGAUCGAAGAAUUGGGACGCGAGAUACGCGAAGGCAAGUUUGAUAUUCGUUCAUCUUGCGUUGAUUUCAUCUCUUCAAGUGAAAAGGGACGAUGCGAUGAAUCUCUUCUUCUCCCCAAUCUAAAACUCAAAGUGUUGAUUGAAGCUAUUAGAAUGGUUCUUGAGAUUGUCUACGAUGAUCGAUUCGCUACGUUUUCGUAUGGUGGACGUGUUGGUAUGGGUAGGCAUACAGCUAUUCGUUACCUGAAGAACUCAGUGGAGAAUCCACGGUGGUGGUUUCGUGUUUCGUUUGCUCGACAAGUGUUAGAGGAACGUAAUGUGGAUAUACUGUGUGGCCUUGUUGGAGAGAAGAUCAACGAUAGUUUGUUGAUUGAGAUGAUAAAGAAGCUGUUUGAGUUUGGGAUUCUGAAGAUUGAACUUGGUGGAUGUAAUAAUGCAAGGGGAUUUCCACAAGAAUGUGGAUUGUGUUCGAUCUUGAUCAAUGUUUACUUUGAUGGACUUGACCAAGAAAUUCAAGAUAUGAGGCUAAAGAUGAAAGUGAAGAAUCCUCGCGUUGGUACAGGAGAUGAGGAAUCGAUCGGUAAUGUUUUCUAUAAGCCAGUAAAUAUUUAUGCUGUGAGGUAUUUAGAUGAGAUACUUGUGAUAACAUCGGGAUCGAAAAUGCUGACAAUGGAUUUGAAGAAGCAGAUUUUAGACAUUUUGGAACAGAGACUAGAGCUGAGAGUAGAUAGGCUGAACACAUCAGUUCAUAGUGCAGUGUCAGAGAAGAUUAACUUUUUAGGGAUGUAUCUACAGGCUGUUCCACCUUCUGUUUUGCGCCCGCCUAUGUCUGAGAAAGCGGUUAGAGCAAUGAAGAAAUAUCAGCGGCAGAAAGACGUUAGGAAGUUGGAGUUGAGAAAUGCUAGGGAGAGGAAUCGGAAGACGAUGGGGCUGAAAAUAUUUAGACAUGUCUUGAAGAAAGUCAAGCAGAGCACCGGAUUCAGAUUUGAAGGUGAGAUAGAGAAUGAGGUUAGGGAUAUUUUCCAGAGCUGGGGAGAGGAAGUCAUGCAAGAAUUCAUGGGAUCCCUUGAAGAGCGCUGGAAAUGGCAUUGGCUGCUCACUAGAGGAGAUUUUCUCUCUUUGAGACAUAUACGAGAGAAAUUACCACAAGACCUGAUUGAUGCUUAUGAUGGAUUUCAGGAGCAGGUGGACAAACAUUUAGCACCGACCAAAGCUAAAAAGGUACUAGAGGAUGAGGCGAGGAGAGUAGAAGAAGAAGAGGAACAGAGAUAUGCUGAAAGGACAGUUGAGGAUUUGACUAAGUUAUGCAUGAAGGUGUCAGCUCCGGAGGAAAUUGUUAGAAAGGCGGUUAAGUUAGUUGGUUUCACAAACAACAUGGGACGACCACGGCCUAUCGUUGACCUUACGUGUCUAGAAGAUUCUGAUAUCAUCAAAUGGUAUGCGGGUAUAGGGCGUAAAUGGCUUGAUUUCUUCUGCUGUUGCCACAAUUAUAAGAUGCUCAAAAUCAUUGUAAGUUAUCAUAUGAGGUUUUCCUGUAUUUUAACAUUAGCAGAGAAGCACGGAUCCACUAAACAUGAAGCUAUUAGACACUACACGAAAGAUCUCAGAGUAUUAGAUAUUGAGGGGAGUGAAGAGGCGCACUUUCCAAAGGAAAGAGAGGUUAAGAUGAUGGGAGACAAGAACCUUUCAGACCCGAGACCGGUGGAUGGUUCACUGUCUUUGCUUUUGGUCAGGCUCGCAUCUGAUGAACCAUUGCAUUCUUGUGCUGCUAGUUUCUGUGAGCGAUCAGAUACAAUCAUGUACCGUGUACAUCUACUGCAAAAUCGCUUGCGUAUCAACCCACUAGACGGAGAAAAAUGGGUUUUUGGCAUGGGAACAAUCCACUCAGCUUUGAAUCGGAAAUGUCUCCCUUUGUGUUCCACUCACAUCAGUGAUGUUUACUUGGGAAAAAUAACUCUUCAAGAUGUUGAUGGUAGUUCUUUCAUCGAUCUCAGGUAAAAUAUGUUAAAAAUGGUCAUUCCUGAGAUCAGGGGAAAACGCAUGCCAAAAGCUUUGUGUAGCAAACACAUCUGUUUCGAUUUCAUUUGAAUCGAUGACCGAAUAGAUCAAUACUUGGUACACAACUUUUUGGCUGCGCAUUGCAUCGUGUUCGUCAAGGCGUUUAAUUUCUCACUUUUCAGGGUCAGAAACAAAAGGUUUGAGCAUAGGUUUGGUUGCCUAAGAAAUGAAAAAUUUGAUGAUCAUCAGCAUCCACCUGAGCUCUUGACGUUUGUUACUUUAUGAUCGUCAGUAUUGAGACUGCAUUGUGAUCUCAGUUCAUGUACCGGAAAGUGGCUAUGGAUGAUGUUAUGUGGUUGACUGGAUGAAUAUUUGGCAAAAACAAACAAGUGUGAGAUCUUCAUAUCUACUCUGUCUCUCCUCGAAGCUGAGCUUUUUUUUUGGUUGCUUCAGUACAGUCACUCAACAAGAGAUUCACUAUGAUUUUUUCGAAACCAAAGUAUAAGAUCGAGCGAGAGUAGAAGAAUAGCAAGAAUAGCAAGUCAUGGGAGGUUAAACCUUCUUCUUCUUCUUCUCCACCGCCACAAUCUGCUUCUCUCUCUCUCUCUCUCUCUCUCUGCCUCCGUCACAAUUCUAUUAUCUAUGUCAGAUGUAACAUCAGCAGUAAUGAUAGUAUAGAGUUGUGUUUACUGUUUAUAUGUUUUGCCGGCAAAAGAAUAACAAGAUGUUUAGAAGGUAAUUUUUUUUUGAAAAAACGUUUGUCAAGAUAAAGGUUGAAUGUAAUUGUAGUCAACCAAAAAAAAGGUUGAAUGCAAUUGGAAAA